AUGGAAGACAAUGAUUGGCAAGAUCUCCAGGAACAGGCAGCCGAGACAAUUCGGUUGUGCCUUGCAGAUGAAGUUAUGUAUCACGUUAUGCAUCUCAAAUCGGCGGAUGAGAUUUGGAAGAAACUGGAACCGCAGUUCAUGUCGAAAACCCUAACGACAAAACUGUAUCUGAAUCAAAGGUUAUACGGGCUGAAGAUGCAGGAGGGGACCGAUUUAGGGCAACAUGUGAAUAUCUUCAAUCAGGUUGUCAUGGAUUUGGCUUCACUCAAUGUCAAGAUUGAAGAUGAAGACAAGGCGAUGAUCUUACUGUGUUCGUUACCUCCUUCUUACGAACAUAUGGUGACUACCCUUACAUAUGGGAAAGAAACGAUCAAGACUGAGGAGAUUACUUCAGCAUUGUUGGCUCACAACCAGCGGGAACAGAAAUCUGGAGAGUCAUCUUCUCAAAGUGACACCUUAUAUGUGAAGGGUAACUAG